GGGAGGCUGGAAGCCCCUCAGCCGCCCCCGCCCGUCUGGUGGCCCAACCGCCCGCCCCGCUCUCGUCAUCGGGGGGCGAGGCAGCCGCGCCUCUCUUCCGACGGGGCCCCCGCCCUGCUGGACCCGGCAGCCAUAAAGGCGGCGAAAGCAUCUAGGCGGACGUGAGUCGGCGCAUCUGCAGCGGAGAUGGACGGAGCGACGGUCGGACAAGGGAUGGAGGCGGACGGCCCCCCCGAGCAGAGCAAGAAGAAGAUCACCUUGCCGCUUCUCGCUGCUGUGUCCGUGGCAGCCAUCGGAUCCCUCCAGUUCGGGUACAAUACGGGAGUCAUCAAUGCUCCUGAGCAGAUCAUCAAGGGCUUUUUCAACGACACAUCGCUGGAGCGGACGGGACACUACAUCUCGGAGAAGCUCCUGACCGCCCUGUGGUCCCUGUCGGUGUCCAUUUUCUCAGUCGGAGGGAUGAUUGGCUCUUUCUCCGUGGGGUUUUUUGUCAACCGAUUUGGCAGGCGGAAUUCGAUGCUGCUGGCGAACGUCCUGGCCAUCGUGGCUGGCAUCUUGAUGGGCUGCUCCAAGCUGGCCUGGGCCAUGGAGAUGCUGAUCAUCGGGCGCUUCAUCGUCGGGGUCUUUUGCGGCCUCUGCACCGGCUUGGUGCCCAUGUACAUCAGCGAAGUCUCCCCGACUGCCCUGCGGGGGGCUUUUGGCACCCUGAACCAGCUGGGCAUCGUGGUGGGCAUCCUGGUGGCCCAGAUCUUUGGCCUGGAUGUCAUCCUGGGGACGGAGAAACUCUGGCCGCUCUUGCUGGGCUUCACCGUCAUCCCAGCCCUCCUGCAGCUGCUGGCCCUGCCCUUCUGCCCCGAGAGCCCCCGCUUCCUGCUGAUCAACAAGAUGGAGGAAGAGAAGGCCGUCAAAGUGCUCCAGAGCUUGCGAGGCGUCCAGGACGUGUCCAGCGACAUCCAGGAGAUGAAGGAGGAAAGCGCCAAGAUGUCCCAGGAGAAGAAAGUCACCAUCCCAGAACUCUUCCGCUCCCCCAGCUACCGCCAGGCCAUCAUCAUUGCCAUUGCCUUGCAACUCUCGCAGCAGCUCUCGGGCAUUAACGCGGUCUUCUACUAUUCCACAGGGAUCUUCAAAGAUGCUGGAGUCAAGCAACCAGUUUACGCCACCAUCGGGGCCGGCGUGGUCAAUACCGUCUUUACUGUGGUGUCGCUUUUCCUUGUGGAGCGGGCGGGGCGUCGGACCCUCCACCUGGUUGGCUUAGGAGGCAUGGCUGUCUGCGCAAUCAUCAUGACUGUGGCCCUGGCGCUGAAGAAUAUCAAGACUUGGAUCAGCUACAUCAGUAUUUUUGGCACUUUUGCCUUUGUGGCUCUCUUUGAAAUUGGACCCGGACCGAUCCCGUGGUUCAUUGUGUCCGAACUCUUCAGCCAGGGCCCUCGUCCUGCAGCCGUGGCGGUGGCUGGUUUCUGCAACUGGGCCUCCAACUUCCUGGUGGGCAUGCUCUUCCCCUACGCAGAGAAAGCAUGCGGGCCUUACGUUUUCCUGAUCUUCGUUGGCUUCCUCCUUUUCUUCUUCUUCUUCACCUUCUUCAAAGUCCCCGAGACAAAAGGCAGGACUUUUGAAGACAUCUCCAGUGUGUUUGAGAGGCAAACCGUGAAUGGUCUGGCUCCAGCAACUGGCAACAAGGCCUCGAUGGUGGAAUUAACGAGCAUUCAGCCUAAGGAAGAUGCCUAAUGCCCCCCAUCCUUGCUCGUCCCUUUGUACCCGUUGCUGUUUCUCCCCUGUGACUUCUGGUCCUCGUCACGGCUUCAGUGCUCCACUGGGACAAGAGGAAGGCGGCCUUCUCUCCCGCCGUGCUCCUUCCUGCCACAGACCUCUGGAGGACUGAGGAAUGGCUCCGAGCUCCUGGAAUGCUUGUUAUGCUGUGUGGAGGCCGAACUGUUUUUGUGGUUGGUCGUUCAUGUCUUUGAGGCCAGUUCCUUGUCUGUCCGCGAGUUGACCGUCCCCUCCUCCUUGUGUCCCGCGGUGUUUUCUACAGGGUGAAGUGCAACACACUGGAGUUGACUUAAACAAGGGAGAGUUUUGCUCCACUUUGUCCAAUGGGGGUUUCCUUCUAUGAUUGGGAAAUUAAGAUCAUAACUACUUUUUUUAUUCACUAGACUUAAUUUAUUCCUUGUAUCGUUUUGCUGGAAAAUAUUUAUUUUUAUGCAACACUCCUCUGAGUUAUAAGGACUAGAAAGAAGCAUGACUUUUUUCUUAAAAAAAAAAAAAAACUAAUCCCCCGUGAUGGGGGUGGGUGGGAUCCCAAAGAAACCGAGGUGAUGGUCUGGAGAGUGCCAGGGGGACCCCCCCCAAACAGAUAAUGUUGAGAAGCAGUCCCUCGUGGUUGCUUCAAGGGGGGGGGAGUUAAAGGCAUCGCGUGGGGAACACAAGCGGAGCCAGUCUGCUUGAGACCUGCUCUGCUCCCUGGAGGCGACCCAGGGAUGGGGGUCUGGCCCUCUGCCCAGGAGGACUUGCCUGGGGCACCUGGGGGGCUCCUGGACGGGGCCUGAGAGGUGGCAGUGGCCAUGGCUGGGCUGCCUUCGGGGACCUCGGAGGGCAUCUUAAAGGGGCAAAGCUUUAACGGUGCAGCUGCCAUCUUGAAUCCCCCUCCCCCCCCCGAGACAUCCCUGGAGUAGCCAUUUGUCUUAUAAAGAAGGCAACGCAGAGUAAUUUUUAAUCCCCCAGACGCUUUUGACCCACUGGUUCUGGUGAAUGAUUUAAUUUCCUCCUUUAUAUGAUAUGAUUAUAUGAAAAAAAAAAUCAGAUGUUGUUUGCUUGAGAGUAUUUUUGCAAUCUUUUGUUGUUAGAUGAAACAGAAGUGAAAAUUUGAGGAUGAAGAAUAGGCAGCUAAGAUUUCAGAUGAAGGAAUUUAAGAGACCAAAGCUACCAAAUAAAAGAAGAAAACUAGUUUUUUCCCCCUGAUCUAUUUAUUUAUUGAAAAGAAUGUAAAUAGUUAUGGCCUAGCUUUAUGGUAUAUAUUUAUAUAGUGCAAAGAGGCUUCGCUGGUUGCUCUUUCUGGGGCCAGGGGAUGAAGGCUGGAAUUAGGAGCUCCCGGGGCUGCAAACCUCCCUCGCUGGAGUGAACGGACCCUUCCUGCCCCCCCCACUCCCCCAGACCCUGCUAGGUGCUCCUUCUCUAGGAGGCUCCCUGAAGUCCUGGCCAGAGAAGGGGAAAUCUCCCUCUGCUUGGAGGGACGCUGGGCAGCUGCCUGGCUGGGAGAGGGAGGCUGGAGGGAGACUGCGCAAAAGUUGUGAUCUGCCUGGAUGCGUCUCUGUGUGUGUGGUUUAAUUGGAAGCUGGCGAAAGGGAGAGACGGGCAGGGGACCAUGGUUUCUGGAGUGUGGCUUGGCUACCUGUCUAAAGGUGGCAUAGUCUGCAUUCUCCUCCGUCCCCAUCUCCCUUCGGAAGGCUGAACCUCCUCUCCGCCCUGCCUGGCGGUUCUGAUAUUUUUUUAAAAAAUCCUUAUUUAUCCCACUUCCAGCAGAGGGGCUGUGGGAGGGCAAAGUAUUCCACAUUUGAAGUAUGUUUGUAAGUUUUUGUCUUCUGGUGUGGUGAAGAUAUUUCCGCAGAGUGUUCAUAAAUGUUAUUGUGAAUGUCUCAUUUUUUUUACAAAAAAUAAAAUGAAAUGAAACUUUUGGUUGGA